AGAGGCUGGGAUCCAAUUCUGGGCUUUUAAUGACCUUUUGGGGCUCUAGUGAAAACUAAGGACUCCCUUUCUCCAAAUACAAGUGGACGUCGGGUUUGAAAUGGGAGCAGAGGGUUCCACGGGGUUGACCCCGGGUUUUGGAGCUGAGAGAGGGGGUACGUGCUUCAGGGCUGCUGUCCCUCUCGGGGGCCGCCUGUCCCUCUCUGGGUGGAGUCGAGGAGGUGGGGCUGCCCGUGGGUCUCCUUAUCUCCGGAGCCAGCUGAGGCUCCCUGGCGCGGGGCCCCUCAGUCCCGGGCUCUUUGCCAUGGGGUCUCUGCUGCUCUGCUCCCUGCUGCUUUUGCUAGCGGUCCUAACGCCAGGCCCCGGGGACAGCCCUCCCACGCCCUCCGGGACCUCAGCGGCGUUCUGGGUGCGCCUCAGCCCCGAGGCGGUGGCCGUGCCGCCGGGGGACUCCGUGUGGCUCAACUGCAGCAGCAGCUGUCCCCUGCCGGCGAGCUCCAGCCUGCACACCCAGCUGCGGCAGGGCCGGACGCUCCGGGGACCCGGCUGGGUGGCCUACCAGCUGCUCGACGUGAGGGCCUGGAGCUCCGACGUGCGCUGCUUGGUCACCUGCGGGGGAGAGACGCGCGAGGCCAAGGCCAGGGUCACGGCGUACAAACCGCCGAACAGCGUGAUCCUGGAACCCCCGGUCUUCCAGGGCGGCGAGUACACGCUGCGCUGCCACGUGACGCACGUGUUCCCCGUGGGGUUCCUGGUGGUGACCCUGCGGCUCGGCGGCCGGGUCAUCUACUCCGAAAGCCUGGAGCGCUUCACCCGCCGCGAUCUGGCCAACGUGACGCUGACGUACGCCAUGCGCUCCCGGCCCGGAGACCUCUGGCAGCCGGUGACGUGCCACGCGCGCCUCAAUCUCGACCGUCUGAUGGUCCGCAGCACCUCGGCGCCGGAGACGCUCGGGGCCUUCGCCGUGAGCCCCACGUCCAAAGCCUUGGCCUCCACCUCCAUAGCUGCCCUCGUAGGGAUCCUUCUCGCCCUGGGGGCCACCUACCUGUGGAAAUACCCGGCGAUGGGGUCCCGGGUAUAGAGGAUGGCCCUCGCCAGCUGAGCCGCAGGAAAAGAACCUGGAGCAAUUUGCCUGGAUCAAUAAAGC